CCGUCAGUAACACCCAUGUACAUGCAGGGUAAUCGAUAUGAAGCAGACCUCAUGCUCUCAUUUCACACCGUGACGUCAGGCAGAGGGCGGCAGACAGAAGGGGUGGGGAGGGUGCCAGGGUAUAAAGGCUCGGAGACGGACUCUCCGGGCUGCAUUCUGGAGUGCGGGACUGUAAGAGAAAAGCCACCUCUAAUGGAAGUACGGAGAAACAGCGGGCCCCCGCAGAUUAACAACAGCAGCGGCAUGUGUGAGCCGAGGUCCUGCGAGCCCCGCCGAAAGAGGCCGGAUGACCGCAGCGGGCCCUCGGAGAUGGCCAGGAUUAUCACCGACCCCGCCACGGGGAAGUGCUACUGCCGGGGGAAAGUUUUGGGCAAGGGAGGGUUUGCUAAAUGCUACGAGAUGACCGACCUCUCCACCAGCAAAGUUUAUGCAGCCAAAAUCAUCCCACACGCGCGCGUCUCCAAACCUCACCAGCGGGAGAAGAUUGACAGAGAGAUUGAGCUGCACAGAGUGUUGCACCAUAAACACAUUGUGCACUUCUAUCACCACUUCGAGGACAAGGAGAACAUCUACAUCCUGUUGGAGUACUGCAGUAGAAAAUCUUUAGCCCACAUCCUGAAGGCUCGCAAAGUGCUCACUGAGCCAGAAGUGCGUUAUUACCUAAGACAGAUUGUGUCCGGUCUGAGGUACCUGCACGAACAAGAGAUCCUUCACAGAGACCUGAAACUCGGUAACUUCUUUGUGAGCGAGUCCAUGGAGCUGAAGGUCGGGGACUUUGGUCUGGCUGCCAAGUUGGAGCCGGCAGGAAACAGAAGGAAGACGAUCUGUGGAACUCCCAACUACCUGUCCCCCGAGGUGCUCAACAAGCAGGGCCACGGCUGCGAAUCAGACAUCUGGGCCCUGGGCUGUGUAAUGUACACAAUGCUGUUGGGCAGACCACCAUUUGAAACCACCAACUUGAAGGAGACGUACAGGUGUAUCAGAGAGGCGCGUUAUUCCCUGCCCUCCUCCCUGUCGCCUCAGGCCAAGCAGUUAAUCGCCAGCCUGCUCGCCAAGAUCCCAGAGGACAGACCCAACCUGGACCACAUUCUGAGGCACGACUUCUUCACGCAGGGCUUCAGUCCAGAGCGUCUGCCGCCUAGCUGUUGCCAUUCGGCACCAGAUUUCCACGUCUCCAGUCCUGCUAAGAGCUUCUUCAAGAAAGCUGCCGCUGCGCUCUUCGGUGGGAGGAGGGACAAGGUCAAAUACUACGAGACUCUGAAUAAGUUAACCAAAGAAGAAGAGGAAAUCUACAAGCUGCAGCACGACCUGGAGAGAACAGUCAUCAGCCAGCAGCAGAGCAAAAAGAUUUCCGAGAAUGGAAGUGUACUUCCGCCAUCUGCCGAGAGCCCCGUCGCCCCGGCAACAGAGAGCCAGUCCCCGACGACGCGAGAUACCAUCCGCCUGAUCGUCAGAGGGAGUCUGGGGAGCUGCAGCAGCAGCAGCGAAUGCCUGGAAGACAGCACAACAGGGAGCGUGGCCGAGACUGUUGCAAGUGUGUUGAGGGGAUGUCUGGAGAGCAUGCCCAAAGCGGACGACAUUCCUCAGGGCUCUAACAGCUGCAGCCUACAAUGGGUGACUAAAUGGGUGGACUACUCCAACAAGUACGGCUUCGGCUACCAAUUGUCUGAUCACACCGUGGGAGUUCUCUUCAACAACGGCACUCACAUGAGCCUCCUGCCAGACAGAAAGACCAUCCACUACUAUGCAGAGCUGGGCCAGCGCUCCGUCUUCCCCACUUGCGAGGUUCCUGAGCACUUUGUGGGCCAGGUGACCGUGCUCAAGUACUUUUCCCACUACAUGGAGGAGAACCUCAUGGAUGGCGGGGACCUUGGUAGCAUGACGGAUGCACACAUGCCCAGACUCUACCUGCUGCAGUGGCUCAAGUCCGACCGCGCCCUCAUGAUGCUCUUUAACGACGGCACUUUCCAGAUCAAUUUUUACCAUGACCACACCAAGAUCAUCCUGUGCUGCCAGAGGGAUGAGUACAUGCUGACAUACAUCAACGAGGACCGCGUCUCCAAAACCUUCAAACUCAGCUCCCUGCUGACAUCCGGCUGCCCCACAGACCUGCGCGAACGCAUGGUGUACUCCCUGAACAUGCUUCUGCAGAGAUGCAGCUAAACACCCACUCGUUUGGACUGAUUUACACCCACCCAUUGUGCUUACUGCAGUGCUGCAGCAGAGCCAGGACUCGGAGGGCAUCUGUGCGAGGGAAGGAAGACUUUGAGGACGGAUCUGUGAAAAGUCAAUUAACAUUCCUACGCCGUCACACCUUCGUGACUCGGCAGAUGCGCGGGUGAAAAAAUAAUAUGGACAGACUGCACAGAUGGAUGGAUGGGGGGGAGAAUGAAAUGUAGCACAAGGACAGAGGAUGGAAAAAGGGCUGUUUUGUAUGUUGAUUUGUUGGAGGAGAGGAAAGACUGAGAUCUGUUGGGAUGAGGAUGUUGGUACGAAUGUGAACCUCAGAGGGGAAAGUAAAGACAAACGCUGGGCUGGCACCAGCUUACAACGUGUACAGAAUAGUCGAGGCUGUUUUAUAGAGAUGAUCCAUGAACUGAUGCUGUGGAUUAUUGUAAAUGAUGUACAGUGUGUGUGUGUCACAGACAUGAUUUGUUAAUGUGUGUCAGGUGCUCCACAGUUCGGCCGUAUAUAUGUGAGUGAGUGAGUGAGUGUGUGUGUGCGUGAGUGUGUGUAUGUGAGAGUGUGUGUGAGUGCGAGGGACGUACCAUCACACCAACUUUUAAAACUGUGAUUAGUUGUCUUUACUGACAGACGGACUCAGCACAUGGAGCUGGGGGACCUGAGGGGAGAGUGGGCGAGGCAGGACAACAGAAUGACAUUUAAAAAAAAUAAAAUGUACCAGGGAUCCUCUGAGGACCCCUAUGGAGCCAUUAUCACCUUGGUAGAAAAUGUGCUAAAUAACUUAUUGUGACAGAAAAGUGCAGUAUUUAUUUAUUUAAUAAUAAAGAGCAUUUUCUAAAAAGAAAUUCCA